AUGGCCGCCAAUAUGCCAUACCGUAACCCUCAGCGGUCACAGUCGAGACAAAUGUCGGUCGAUCCUCACAAUGAGCUCAACCCGGAGAAGAACCACUACAUCGGCAUUGAUGUCGGUACUGGAAGUGCGCGAGCAUGUAUCAUGAACGACAAGGGAGACAUCGUUGGUCUCGCCAGUGAGAACAUCGGUCUGUGGCAACCAGAGACUGGGUUCUAUGAACAAUCCACCACAAACAUCUGGAAAUGCAUCUGCAACUCGAUCCAACGAGCUAUGUCUCAACACAACAUCGACCCCAACUCCAUCCGCGGUAUUGGCUUCGACGCAACAUGCUCGCUCACAGUCUUCCGCGAAGACACAGACGAGCCAGUGUCCGUCACAGGGCCCAAGUUCGAUAACGCAGACGGCAACGACCGGAACGUCAUCCUAUGGCUCGACCAUCGACCUGUUGAAGAGACGAAGAAGAUCAAUGCUACAGACCACAACCUGCUGAGAUACGUGGGUGGCCAGAUGAGCAUCGAGAUGGAAAUUCCCAAGGUGCUGUGGUUGAAGAACAACAUGCCGAAAGAGCUGUUCGACAAGUGCAAGUUCUACGACUUGGGCGAUGCUCUCACACACCUGGCUACUGGCAGUGAGACUAGGAGCUUCUGCAGCGUGGUCUGCAAGCAAGGUUACCUCCCCGUCGGUGUGGACGGUAGUGUCAAGGGCUGGCAAGAAGACUUCCUCACAGACAUUGGACUGGAGGAUCUUUGCGAAGACAACUUCAAGCGCAUGGGAGGCGUCAACGGGGUGAAUGGCCGGUACCUUACCGCUGGCGAGCUGAUCGGAACGCUCUCUGAGAAGGCCGGCAAUGACAUGGGCCUACCCGCAGGCAUUGCAGUUGGUAGUGGUGUCAUUGACGCCUAUGCUGGCUGGAUCGGCACUGUCGGUGCCAAGGUCAAUCUAUCUGGCGACCACCUUGACUCUUCGUCGCCAAAGAACGACGUCUCGCAGGCCUUCACCCGGCUAGCAGCCGUGGCGGGCACUUCGACCUGCCACUUGGCCAUGUCAAAGGACCCAGUCUUCGUCAAUGGAGUCUGGGGCCCGUACAGAGAUGUCCUCAUCCCAGACUACUGGCUCGCCGAAGGUGGCCAAUCCGCUACGGGAGAACUCCUCAAGCACGUCGUAGAGACUCACCCAGCGUUCCAAGAAGCCAUGUCUGUCGCCGAGACUUUCAACGCCAACAUCUACGACUACCUGAAUGAGCACUUGACCGAGAUGCAGCAACGUGAGAACGCUCCAGCAAUCUCCUACCUGGGACGACACUUCUUCUUCUACGGCGACCUCUUCGGGAACCGCUCUCCCGUUGCGGACCCAGAGAUGAAGGGAUCCCUCAUCGGUCUCUCAUCAGACAAGUCCAUCGAUGGCCUAGCCCUCUACUACUAUGGCACAAUGGAAUUCAUCGCCCUUCAAACCCACCAAAUCAUCGAACAAAUGAACAAAGCCGGCCACGUCAUCUCCUCAAUCUUCAUGUCCGGCUCCCAAUGCCAGAACCCCAUCCUCAUGUCCCUGAUGGCCACAGCCUGCGACAUGCCCGUCCUCAUCCCGCGAUACGUCCACGCUGCGGUAGUCCACGGAGCUGCUAUGCUGGGUGCGAAGGCGGCGAGCACGGACAAGGACGGUAAGAGUGAGCCGUUGUGGGAUAUUAUGGAUCGUAUGAGUAAGCCUGGUAAGGCGGUGUAUCCGAGCAAGGAUGAGGGGGAGAAGAAGCUGUUGCAGGCCAAGUACAAGGUGUUCUUGGACCAGUGUGAGCAGCAGAGGAUUAUCAGGAAGGAUAUUGAUGCCGCUGUGUCGGGGUGGAAGAGGUGA